AACUCUCUUCUCUUCCUCCACUACCACAUGUGAGCUAAUUACCUCUCGGUUUCAUAGUCUAGCACACGGUUUAUAUUAUUAUUGGUCUAAUCUACACAAUUCUUUCUCAAGUUCAUGCAUAAAUCACUAAAUCAAUCGAAAGGCUACAUCGUAGCCCUAGUAGAUUAAAUCAGUUCAUGAUAAAAAUAAUAAAAUCUAAAAUCACAAUUAUGAGCAUAAGAAUGUCUAAGGAAAAAUAAAACCUAAUUUGAAGUAAUUGAAAUCCUUGAUCUUCUCAUUGAUGGAUCUUCUAUCUUGACCUCCAAGUAUGCCCAGGAGGGCUGCCACAAGCCUCCUCCAAACUCCCUUAAUUCUGAAUUUGGAUGGGUAUUUAUAGGAUUUUAGGAACCCUAAUUGAAAUAGAAGUAGGACUUGGAACAGAAAUAGGAAACUGAAUUUUGGAUGCUGAUUGCGUAGUGCUGACACUUCGGAUUACGUGUUGACACAAAAUAGGAAAUAGAAUCUGAUUCUGAACUUUUAACGCAUGGUGUCGACACCCCGAUCAUGUGUCGACACUACACCCGUGUCGGGUUUCUGGCCUCCUUUUGCAAUUUCUUCAAUGGUAAAAUAACAGAAUUGGUUCAUGACUUCUGGAUUCUGCACAAGUUGAUCCUCAAGUCUCUGAUCUCUUCAAUUUACUUCUAAAAAUAAUGACGUGAAUUAGUUAAGGUUACUAGGGAGAUCUUUCCUCCUGAAAAUUCUUGAUUACUUUCAUAUAAUCAGAUGUGCUCAACAACUUGGAUUGUAUUUCUCCAACUAUUGGACUUAUUUACCUUUUAAUUUUGCAGGUGAAGUGUCGAGAUUAUGAUUUAUUUCAUUUCAAUGGAAAGCGAAGGAUUGGAGGAGGAUAGUAGCAUUUUUGUAUGAGGUUAUCUGUUGUGUUAUCUACUGAUUAUUAUUAUGGACAUUCAAGAUAGCAGUAAGUUCAAUGAACAGCCAUUGAUGCUUCCCCUUCCGCCUGGAACUUUUGUAGAUCGUGAGGAACUCAUCCAACAUGUUGGGGAGUUUGCUGUAUCUCAAGGAUAUGUAGUAACCAUUUAGCAGUCUAAGAGGGACAGAGUUGUGGUCCUUGGCUGUGACAGAGGAGGUGUUUAUCGUAACCGGUGGAAACCUGUUGAUGAGUCCUCUUCUGAAUGCUACCGAUGAAGAAAGACAGGUUCACGACUCAUGAAUUGCCCAUUUGAAGUUGUGGGUAAAAAGGAUGAUGGUUUGUGGGUGCUUUCAGUUAAAAAUGGAACACAUAACCAUGAGAUGAACCAUUGAAGGAUAUUACAGAACACCCUUCUGCUUGUCGUUUUAAUGAGAAAGAAGUUUUAUUGAUUAAAGAAAUGACAGAAGCGGGAUUGAAAGCUCAGCAAAUUCUUAAGAGACUCAGGUAAAGCAAUCCUGAACUUUUAUCAACUCCAAAACAUGUUUACAACGUUAAAGCUAAGCUUCAACAACGAAAUAUGACAGUCUAUCUUUUGCAGUGAGAAACUACCAGUCGUUGAGACCUCAGAAAUCUACUGUUAGAAACAAUUACCUCUCUGUUAUGGAGCCAUCUUGGAGGCAAUGUAACCCUCCGGCAACACAGCAAAUUGUUUCUUAAGUUCCUUUGACUACAAAUGAGGAAUUCAGAGCUGCUAUAUUUGCAGCAAAACGGGCUUUUCCAUCAUGGAGAAACACACCAAUUACAAGUUGACAGCGGAUUAUGUUCAAAUUUCAAGAGCUUAUACGUAGAGACAUUGAUAAGCUAGCUUUGAAUGUUGCACAUGAACAUGAGAAGACAUUGAAAGAUGCACACAGUGAUGUGUUACGGGCGUUAGUUUUUGAUUUUCCCUCGUAGAGGUGGUUGAACAUGCUUGUGGAUUGGCAAGUUUACAAAUUGGAGAGUUCGCUCCUAAUGUAUCCAAUGGAGUUGAUUCUUAUAGCAUCAGAGAGCCACUUGGUGUAUGUGCUGGUAUUUGGCCCUUUGACUUUCCAGUUAUGAUACCCUUAUGGCUGCUGCUGUCCUUCUUGCUGAACUAGCAGUGGAUGAACUAGCAGUGGAGGCUGGCCUCCCAAAUGGUGACUUGAAUAUUUUACAUGGGACCAAUGACAUUAUUAAUGCUAUCUGCAAUGAUGAUGACAUCAAAGCUAUUUCCUUUGUUGGUACAAGUACAGCUGGUGCUUACAUAUAUGCUAGAGCAUCAGCUAAAGUUAAACGUAUUCAGGAGCAAAAAACCAUGCUGUUGUCAUGCCCGAUGCAAGCGUGGAUGCUACCCUGAAUGCUCUGGUUACUGCUGGCUUUGGUGGAGCAGGACAAAAGUGCAUGGCCUUUAUCACAAUCAUUUUUGUUGGAGACUUAACUCCAUGGUAUCAUGUUUCUUUGUCACUUGCUUUUAUUUAUUCCACAUUUUAAUCUGUUAGUUGUUGGGCUUUGUUCACUGAAGUUACUUGCUGGCCAUAGCACAACUCAUUUUAUAUCAGUUUAGAAAAAUGCUCUUUUUUAGAAUUCCUUUAUUGAAAUCAUUCAAAAAACAUGGCAAUAACAAGCACUUUUAAAGUCUUUCAUCCCAUUUAUAUCUGCUGUUGAAGGAUAUGAACAAGGGAACUUCAUUGGCCCCACCAUCUUAUCUGAUGUCAGGACCAAUAUGGAUUGUUACAAGAUGGCAGGUGGGGGGCUAAGGAGGACAUUAACAGAACAGCUGCUCCUGCUCGGGAAGAAAGCGGGGAGGGCAAAAUAGGGAUUUUCCAUGUGAGUGUUCUGCUCGCGGUAGCAUUUUAUAUAUAUAUAUAUAUAUAUUUUUUUUUUUUGAACUUUUUGUCAUGCAUCAGGUUUUGAAACUAGUCAUUGUACUACAAAGAGCAAGUGAUUUUUUUUAUAUAUUUUAAAAAUAUGCACAAGGCAAUGCAUUAUAUUUUAUAUUUUAAUUUAGAAUUGUGGGAGGACUGUGAGAAUAGAGUUGUUUGUUUUCU